AUGACCUCGUUACCCCUUCAGCGCCGUCUCGCGUCCCUCUCUACCACCCACAGACAGACUAUUCCAUUAAUACGGCGGUUACAAAACUGGUGCGCUACCCCAGGUCAAGGUGAUGAAGCUCGCGUUGAGCUUGGUGCGGAGAUCCAUCUCCGAUUAAAAGAAAUGGAGGACGAAAUGGAGCUUCUGAGAGUGGACAUUGAGCCGCUAGAAGCGGGCUGCGGCAGAAAGAGAGAAAAUGAGGAGAAAGAAAUGGAGAGGGAGAGGAUAUUGACUAUGACGAGAAAGUUGGAGUCAGAUAUGAAAAGUGCGCGAACACAGUUUCGAAAAGCUCAAAUACAAGCGAAACGAAAUGCUGAAAUAGCUAAGCAGAAAGAAAGGCAGCUGCUGUUUUCGGGGAUCGGUGAAGACGGUGUGUCACGCAAGAAAGCAUCGCUCAAGCUGACGCACGACGAUCUGGUGGUCAGCGCAUCGAACGACGUCACCGCUGCACUCCGACGAACUCAUCAGCUUAUGCAGUCUGAGCUUUCAAGGAGCCAAUUUGCACAGCAGACACUAGAGCAAUCCACUGCAGCAUUGAACUCUUUGUCGGAAUCAUAUAGCCAACUGGAUACCCUUCUCGCUUCCUCGCGUUCACUUGUAGGUUCCCUUCUGCGCUCACAAAAAUCAGAUACCUGGUAUCUAGAAACGGCUUUCUACAUACUGGUCGGAACAAUAAUAUGGCUUGUUUUCAGAAGAAUAUUAUAUGGGCCUCUUUGGUGGUUGCUAUGGAUUCCACUUAAGAUGGCGUACAGGGUGAUGUUUGCAAUACUGGGAACCGUAGGCUUACCCGGGGCUGUUGAGAAAGGAGCUCUGAGUACAGAGCCUUCAGUCAGCUCUGUAUUACCGACAACGUCGCUUGCGACGGCUUUUCCUUCUGGCAUAACCGAGGGAACUGGCACCCAGAUGCCACAAGAAUCACCUACAAUGCAGCCUGGAAGCACGUCAAGGCAAAUAGAAAAGAUGAUUAAAGAUAGGGAUGAAGAAGAGCGUCGGCUUCGAGACAAUGAUGUCACGAAUGUGGAUGACGUUUCGCCCGAAGAGAGGAAACGACAAGAGGGAAUGCCACGAAACUCGAAAAAGAGAAUGUGGGAGGAGAAUAUCACAGAUACAGUAGAGAAAGAUGAAUUAUAG